UUUCUUAACGUUCGCUCUGUUCAGUCACUAAUGCGAAAAAAUAACUCUAAAGACUUUGAAAAUGAAAAGUGUUGGAGUUUGGUGUGUUUUGUCUGUGGUCGGUUUAGCCACGUUAGUUUUCAAUAAAGAAAUCCCGUUGCCGUGUGAUGAAUUCAAAGAUGAACAAUUACUAUACGAAGGACUUUAUUGUACGGUUGCCGGUAUUCGUUUGGACGAUUUCGAUAGUUUCGAUUGCAAUGUGUAUCCGUACUAUCGUCAUUUGGUGAAAGUAGUGAAAUUCACGGAAAGCCGAACAAUCAACAUUCCGUACAUGAUUUUCCAUUACUUCGAUGGAAUACGCGAGUUUGAUAUUUCCUUCACCGAUCUCGAGUCUAUUCGUCGCGGCGACUUUAUAAAAGCGGAAAAUUUGAUGUAUUUAUCGGCAUCGCAUAAUAAAAUGUCCGAAUUGACAUCUUCGUUGUUCUUGGGUGCGCCGAACAUCAGUGUGGUGGACUUUUCGUAUAAUAAUAUCGAGAAAGUGAGUGCAAGUGCAUUUGCGAGCGCAAUUUUAAUGUCGAGAUUGCAUUUAUCGCACAAUUUACUUCGGACUUUGGAUAAAAAUACAUUCGCAACGAUGAUAAUGUUGGAUGAGCUACAUUUGGAUUUCAAUCAAUUGGAAAUGAUCGAUGUUGACCUAUUUGCCCACAACACAUUGCUCGCUCGUUUGUCGUUGAAUAACAAUCGGUUAAUUCGUUUGGAGUGCGACUCGAUAAAAGAGCUAAAGUAUUUGAACAAAAUCGAUUUGUCCGUGAAUAAACUGGAAGAAUUCAACACGACCUGCAUAUCGGGCAUCGAUUUAGAUUUGAUCAUUCAUGACAAUCAACUGCAGAAAUUAACUCUUCGGAAUGUGGCCUCGUUGCAUGCGUCGCACAAUCAAAUCAGGCACGUUUACAUCGAAAAUGGAAUCAGCAAUUUGAAGAGUUUAAAAUUGGCCAGUAAUAACUUAACGAAUAUCACGGGCAUUUUUGAGCAUCUCAAUUCGCUGGAAACACUCGACUUGUCGUACAAUUACGUGGGAAAAUUGAAUAUCAGCACCUUUGCCAAACUGACAAAUUUGGAGCAUUUGAAUCUCGGCCACACAAAUCUAUCGAAUAUCAACUUUGGCACAUUUUUCCACCAAAAAGAGCUCAAAUCGUUGGACAUCUCUUAUAAUAACCUCAACAAGAUGAAUUUCGACGUCUUUCUACCGUAUUUGAAAAAUUUGGAACAACUUGUUCUCGAUGGAAAUAACUUAACCGAAAUGGAAGGUUUGACCAAUUCAAUGUUCCCGCAGUUAUCGGUUCUAAGCAUCUCCAACAAUAAUUUCAAUUGCACUUAUUUGGCGAAACUAUUGCGCACAUUGAAAUGGGAUGAGCUUGGCUUGAGCAUCGACCCGGAACUCGUUCACACAAAUGAAACUCAUAUCAAUGGCAUUGCAUGCGACCAUCCGACCAACGAUUCUAUUGCAUACAAUCGCGUUCACAACGAUCACUACGACCAUCAAUACAACGUUCACAAAGCGAUUGUCGCAAUUCUACAGCCAAGCCACAGCAGCAAUCAAAACAACAACAACAAAAUCAGCUACACCAACAACGACAUUCCCGAAUUGCACAUUUCACACUCGGAUCGCGAACGAUCACUCGAAGCGCAUUUAUUAACCAUGAAGUAUUUACUCGUGUUUAUCUGUUGUGUGUGCUUGGCAUUUGUUAUCACAAAAUUCGUAACCAUCUUUCGAGCACAUCGCAAGCUUGACUUCCAUGUGGCCAGCUGCGGCAAUGACGUUUAUCUACAAGACACCGACAAUAAAUAUGGCAUUUAUCAAUCAACCGCCACCAUGAACACCAUACAAACAAAUGUCGCCUACUGAACAACCAUACCGGAUUUAUAUCAGCAAUUUGUCAUGACCAUCAUUACGAGCGGAAUUAAUUAUGCGAAGAGCGAGAGAGAGAGAUUUAGUUUUUUAAGCGAAAGAAAAAAAAACAUGUCAAAAUGAUAGAGAAAAUAUAAACGAAAAUGUUAUUGGAAGGAAAAUAAGCAGAAAUGUUGAUAGAAGAAAACAUAAAAAAUAAAUUGUGAACGAUAAAACUCAACAAAUUGGCAAAUAAAUUUGAUUAGUUUGAUGCAAA